AAGUCUGUAGUCGUUUCCGAACAAGAGGAAGGCUCUGUUGCUGUCCUUGUUUUUGUCACCUAAUGAUUUAGGCUAUCGUGGCCAUGGCUCAGCUUCAUGCUUGGGAUGUUAUCGUCAUCACAUGCAGAGAUGAACCCACUGCUGGAGCAUACGAGAAAGAGCUGAAGGUACGCCAGGCGAAAGGCUUGAUUGCCGAGUCGACGCGCCUGUUGGCCGUCGCCGACCCCGACGCCCGUGUCGGCAGCGGUGGCGCCACGCUGAACGCUUUGCUGGUCGCCGCUGAGCUGCUCAGCUCACAGGACGGCUACACGGCAGUCACUGAGGAUGUGCUGAAGAAAUCAGAGGGGCGGCCAGCACGCAAAAUUCUAAUCCUGCAUAUGGGCCGAGACUUCCCGUUCGAUGCCUGCAGUCGUUGCUUUGUGUCCAUCCCUGGCCUGUGGAAUGUGAAUGACCAAUCUCACUUGGCGCUUUGCUCUGUUAUGACACAUUUGGAUUACCUGCUGUAUAUGCUGGACCGGAUUUGUGCUGGUUCUCCGCCGGGUGUGUGGGUAUCUAGCUCGGACAUGAUUCUAUUUGAUAAGAACCCAGCACAGUCUGGUCCCAUGAUCAACUGGGGGGACUUCACAGGUGGUGUCAUGGCCGUGGCCAUACCAGGCAGCAAGGACUACGCCAAACGACACGGCGUCUAUCGCAUCGGAGAGCAGAGUGAAAUCUGCGACAUAGUGUUCCAAGGCAACGCAGAGCAGAUCGACGCAUGCAGCCUGGACACAGGGCUUGUACCUAUUGUAUCCGGUAUCGUCUUCAUGUGCCCGAACACCGCCAGCAAGCUGCUGGAUCUGCAAAGUGAGCCACCUUUGGAGAACUGUACCUAUCUGGGCAUUGACAGCGGCAACUCUCCACUGAAUGUCUCAUUGUAUUUUGACAUGCUACUAUCACUGGCCAAGGAUGUCUCGCAGGCCGAGUACGAGGCCGGCAGCCGUCCAGGCACGUACGGCCAGGGCAGCGCCGUGGGCCCCGGCUCGACGCACACCGAUAGCAACGCCGAGGACCGGCGCAAGGCCCGUGCCAUGGUCUGGAAACGACUGCGGCUGGCCGGUGUCACUAUGCAUGCAGGCUUGCUGUCUAAUUUGGAACAUGACUACAUAGAUUUGUACCCAAGGCAGUACAUCGAGCGCUUGCAGCGUCUUGGAGAGCUGCCUGACGUCGUGGCCGGCCAGAACUCCUUUGUGUUUGGAAGGAAAACGCAUUCAUUUGUGAAGGAGAUGGACAAGUUGUCGGACAGCUCCGUGCUGGUGAACUGCCUAUGCAGUGCCGUGACCACCGUGGGUGAAAACACGGUCAUGAUGAACUGCCGUGUUGAGGUACCGGGCACCGUUUCCAGUGGCUGCCUCCUGAACUCGGUGACAUUCUCCGAAGAGCGCUGUCAGGGCAUGCCAUCACCGUUCAUCAUCCCCGAAAACACUGCCGUUCUCUCCUUCUCUCAACGUGCUGACUCCGAUUCCGCUGUUGUCUGUUUUGGUACGAAGGACGAGCUGGAGGGUACCACCGAAAGUGGCACAUUCUGCGGCGACUCCUGGGCGGCAUUCUUUCAGCGUACCGGAAUAGCGUCCUCUGACCUGUGGGACGAGGACUGCACCAAGAAGACUCUCCUCAAUGCUCGCCUGUUCCGGCGGGGCUGCGCUAGCUUGGCGGCUGUGCUGUGGCUAUCGGGCGGAUGCAAGGUUGCAUCUGAAGGCCAGCUGGAGGCAUGGCGGGCAGCGGAACGUGUAUCGAUCGCCGAUGUCCUGCCUGCUGUCAAUGUAGCAGCAGAGUUUAGCAGUAGAAGCCGAUUGUCAGCAGAGAUCGUAGUGGCCGUCCAGCGUCACGCUCUGCACACGUGUCAGCCUCUUAGCUGGGUGUCGUCUUUCCGCAGCACGGCCCGGAAUGGACACGCUGACCUGCUCUUCACCAUGCUAGAUGGAGUUGCCAGUGAGUCGGCGGAUCCCGGCGUACGAGCUCGAGCGCUAGCGGGCAUUGCUGACGUACUGGCUGCGGUUGCCGGCGAUGGUAACGGCCUGCGCAGUGGACCCGGCGCCAACCGUGGCUGGAAGGCCGCCUACAAGCAGUUGCAGGAAGGCAACGUCAAGGAGGGUGUUGCUUUACUGGCAGCCGAACGCGAAAAAUGGAUGAACAGCCGACAAGCCCUCUGCGGUACUGCACCAGACGCGUCACCACUUCUUCGGCCUCGGGAACUUCUGCGAGCCGCUCGCCACUACGAGGGAGCAGCGCAGAUUCUCAUCUCGCAAGCCGUGAAGACGGCCGAGCAGUUUGCCACUAUCAAGCAUGAAGAGGAGCCUGUGCCAAUGGGCAAGUGGGUUAAAGUGGAAGCUCCAGCGCGAGCUGACAUAGCCGGCGGUUGGUCGGACACUCCACCCAUCACGUAUGAGCACGGUGGCUCUGUCACCAACGUGGCAUUCAUGGUCAAGGGCAAGCGGCCGAUCGGAGCCAAAGUCAAGCGUAUCGAAGAGCCGCUGCUUCGCCUGUGCCUGGUCAGCGCGCAGCCGAUUGUCGUGGAGUGCAAAGAGCUGAGCGACAUGGAGGACUACUGCAUUCCAACUGCCAAGGCUGCUCUCCUCAAGACGGCCUUCUACUGCAUGAAGGUGGUCGACUUGCAGUCCAGUGUGUCCCUGCGUGACCAGCUCAUGUCUAGCUAUGGCGGUGGCUUUGAGCUGCACACCUGGUCUGAUCUGCCUUCUGGCUCAGGUCUUGGGACAAGCAGCAUCCUGGCAGGUGUUGUCAUUGCGGCCAUCUUGAAGGUGGUUGGUCAUGCUGUUGACAAGGAUGCAGUCACUCACAUGGUCCUCAUGGUAGAGCAGAUGUUGACAACGGGUGGUGGAUGGCAAGACCAAGCUGGUGGUUUGUUUGGCGGAGUGAAGAUCUCUCGUUCGCCACGUCAGCUACCACUCCGUGUCGAGGUCGAGCCACUGAAUCUAAGCGAGGAGACGCUGAGAGAGUUCAACCGACGGUUCGUUGUCAUCUACACGGGUCGCACUCGCUUGGCCAGGAACAUUCUUCAGGAAGUGAUCCGUAGCUGGUAUGGCCAACUGCCGCGCAUCGUCAACACCGCCAAGGCUCUGGUCGCAGGCAGUGAGGAAUGCGCAGAGGCCUUCCGCCAGGGUGAUCUGGAGAAGGUCGGUGCCUGCAUGUCUCGCUACUGGGAGCAGAAGAAGGUCAUGGCUUACGGUUGUGAGCCCGACACCGUGCGCCAGUUCAUGAAGGCGCUCAAGCCCCACGUCUACGGUCAGUCGAUGGCCGGUGCUGGCGGCGGAGGUUUCAUGUACGUGCUCAUGAAGGAGCCAGACACCGGCGCAGAGGUUGCCAAGCGUGUCCUGGACGAAAGCAACAUCACAUCGUUUGAAGUGUACGGCUCAGCACUCGACCCUAAUGGCCUCUGGAUAGAAGUGGAGCAAUAAGCAAAAGGUGGCGCUGUUAUUGUCCCGCGACAGUCAAACACAGCACGGCACCUCCAUUAUCAUCAUCAGCCUUUAGUCUUUUACGCGGCAUAGCUACAUUGGUAAACAACCACACCUCACACACCACGAUUUAUGAGGUGACUGAUGCCGUGUUGCAUGCUCAAGAUUCACUAACUUUUGCUAACAAUUAAACAUUAUAAUUUCCUUCAUAGGCUUUCAAUUUACAAGCCCCCCCCCCCCCCCCCCCCCCGGGUUUCAAUUCAGAUCAUGUCUAGUAUUUCCAGUUUUUUUUUCCAGUAGCAGCACCCACACAAUCGUCAUGCCAAGAUGCUUAUGUCUUGCACCGCUAGCAGCACCCGCACCUGUCUAGAUAUGUUGUUUACUCUUCUUUAUUAGUAUGAAACGGUUUACUUUUUAUGAGGUAAGAAAAUGUAUGCAGCAACAGUAUUCUCAGUUUUGGAAUAAAAACUGUUUCAUAAGCAGGA